AUGGAGGCAGCGGGUGGUUGCGGUGAGCUCUGUGCAAGAGCACGGCCCGCUCCCCAGGCGCAGCCGCAGGAGGUGGAGCCCCGCGCCGCACGCAGACGCCUGGCACAGGCCCAGCACCGCGCAGUGCUGGCGGGACUCUUCAGCAGCCUGCAAGAGACCGUGCUAUCCCAGUCAGACAGCCCGGCCUCCAAGUAUCAGGUUUUGCGUAAGGCUAAGAAAUAUAUCCAGGAGCUGGAGCAAACCUUGAGUUCUUUGCUGAAGAUGAAAGAGUCCUUCAGCCUGGAGGAUGGGAACCCGUCCAGCCUGGAGGAAGUCAGGGAAGAAUAUGUCAAGAGGCACUUCAGCAAUCACAGCACUGCGUCGUCGGCCUCAGAAGCUGUGAGUGAGAGUGAUUCUGCUGUCUGGUAUUUGAUGCAAGAAUGUGAAAACCAAACAAUGGAAGAGGACAGAAAGCCAGGAUUUAUCCAGUACCCAGAGACUUCAUCCCCAGAUCUGGUGGAAUUUGAACGGUACCUGUAUUUUUAUAAGCACACAGUAGACCUACUGAGAGAGCAUGGAAUUGUUUCCGCUGAGGAGGUGCCUCUCCCUGUGGUCUCCACGGCUAUUUCACACCUCUGGCAAGAGCUUUCUGAAGAAAGGAGAGACAGCAUCUUGCAGUACUGUAGCCAGAGAGAUUUCCACCUGGGUCCUACGGAUGCUUGCCAAGAGCCUGCGUGCGCUGAUGGCGAUGUGAGAGACAGUGGAGGUAACAGUGAGGAAGCCAGUGGCUCCUUGGUCUCCACGCCAGAGGAAGUAAUGUUUGAAGACGCGUUUGAUGUUGCUGCUGGUUUCCUUGAAACAAAUGAGACACAGGGAUUGUCCAGCCAAAGUUCUUCAUUUACAAGUGGCAUUUCUGAAAAUCCAGAGGAUGACCACAGACUUUAUCUGCAGAUCACUGACUUCCUAAAAAGCCUUUUCUUUGCCAAUACACACUUCUGCCAGGAAGAAGAUCUUCAGUUCGAUUAUGAGACUGUAAUGCUGAGGUGCACGGAGACCUUUGAUGACGAAGAUUUAUAAGUAGUAUCCCUGUAUGCCAAUGUUUUGCCAAGCAUCACUGGAUACAGCAGGCAUGUGAAGAGACUGUGCCUCUUCCAGAGGAACACCUCUCCAAUCAGAAUGGGGAGACAAUGUGUUGUGGUUUGUUAUUGUUGACUUCCCUUUCCUCAUCAGUGCUCCAUAACUUACCAGUUGAGUAAUUUAUACUUUUAAAUGUUCCAGGUUUAAAAUAUUUAUAAAACCUAAAGGAAGAAGUAUUUUUCUCUCUGACUUUUUAAUGCUGAACCUCAUUUCACAAAUACACUGAAGCAAUUCAGUGACCUUGCCUAAUGUGAGCUGUGGAAGAGAUGCAGAGAGCACAUGGCAACCUACGCACUCCAGACUGCUACCUACAAAGCUCACAGCGUGCCUCCCAGCAUCCUGGCAGUGAUUGCUUUCCUCUACAGUUCUUUAGCCAGGGCUGGAAACAACGGAGGAAUUUCUUCACAGAGAGUGACGUGAGGACAUUCCAUAUCUAUGAGGACAACUGUAGUGGCCACGCACUCCCGAAUCGCUCAGAGAGAUGCAGAUACAAUCACAAACUGUGGAUUAUUUUUGUAAAGUGUGUAAAGUUGA